GUCAUGAUGAAAAAAGUUGUAAUGUUGAUGGGGAGCUAUUUCAGACCGGUGAAGAAUGGAAACCCAAUUCGUGUUUCUCGUGUUUUUGUAACAAUGGACGUGUCUCUUGUAGAAAAACACAGAGGAGAUGUAACGACGAAUGGUUUAGCAUGAACAUUUCAAAAAGAAAAAUAAGUACCAAUCCAUGUGUCGAAAGUAACGGAGGAUGUGAACACUAUUGCGAAGCAGGGUACGGUGGAGUUAAUUGUUAUUGUCACGAAGGAUUCGCACUUGACCAGGAUGGACGUUCUUGCAAUCGGUAUGAUGCCUGUAAAGACGAGAAUGGGGGCUGUCAGCACAAUUGCCAUUUGCAGGACAAAGUUGCUCAAUGUUCAUGUCUCGAAGAUUACAUUCUUCAGGAAGACGGAAAAUCUUGUGAUCACCUGAAAUAUACAAUUGUUGAAGACGAAAGCUUAGAGUUUGCAACUCCAUCCUACGUGGAAGUAAGUGAUAAUGAAACUGAAAAAGCUGAUUCCAAGGGAUUCCCUGAAGUACAUGUUCCACCUGGUUUACCUGAAGAUUUACGCUCAUGGUUUCAAAUACUAGCUGCUCAACAAGGAUUGGUAACAAAAAAUUUACCACCUCCCCAUGUAUACCAAGUCAUCGAACCAAAGGAUUCGGUAGGUCCAAGCGGAUCAGCAAAUCCUUCUGGGCCCUCAUUAAAUAAUUCAACAAAGAUUCCAUUUUAUUUCGUCGUAUUCAAUGGACUUCAAGGUGCCCGAGGGGAGAGAGGAAUACCAGGACCUCCGGGUCCUUCCGGCAAAGAGGGGAGAGAUGGUGCCCCUGGACUUCCUGGAAUUCCAGGGAUGGAUGGACCUCCCGGUUUUCCAGGCAUGAAAGGAAACCGAGGUUAUCCUGGAUCACCUGGACCUCAAGGCCCAAAGGGUGACACUGGAUCCCCAGGACUGCCGGGUAUUCCGGGAGCUAAAGGUCCUUCCGGCAAAGAGGGGAGAGAUGGUGCCCCUGGCCUUCCUGGAAUUCCAGGGAUGGAUGGACCUCCCGGUUUUCCAGGCAUAAAAGGAAACCGAGGUUAUCCUGGACCACCUGGACUUCAAGGCCCAAAGGGUGACACUGGAUCCCCAGGACUGCAGGGUAUUCCGGGAGCUCAAGGUGCCAGUGGCUUACCUGGAUUUGCAGGACAAAAAGGUGAACGAGGUUAUGACGGAGCACCUGGUCUACCAGGUUUCUCAGGGUGAUUUUAUCCAGAGGUGAAGAAAAUCAGGCGAACUAUUGUAUGCAAACAGAAAUUCGUCUGGUUAAAAACAAGAAUAUUCAUUGAUGUGGACGUGAUUUCCUGAUCGAAAUUCUGUUUUUUCUCAAGAUGAAAACUGCUCAAUGAAUCUAAAAAAAAAAAACUGAAAAAAAAAACCCAUCCUGGAAUUUAUGCAAUUUAAACUAUUGAGCAGUAAUAUUGUGUUAUACAGGAGCAUUUUUAGAAACUUGACAGGAAGAUUCCUUCUGUUUGAAUGUAUUAUACGUUAAAAUAUAAUUGGAAAUUCUCAACUUUCAAACCUAAGCUCAAAGAUUUAUGUACUGCUUGUUACUGAAAAACAUCUCUACAAUAUACAAAAUUUGAUAAGAGGAGAAUGUAGUUUGCACUCUGUAUUUGAUGUAAUAGCCUGAUUAUGAUAAUAGCUUUACUUUAAAAUUUAAUUUCAGGAUUUGAAAUAAAUCGUAAUGCAUACAA